GCCAAUGGUCUUCAGUACAGAAAAGUGCGCGACGCUGUGAACCCAAAAUUUGACUGUCGGGGCCGCACAUAGAAGCACGUUUCGGCUAACGAAAAGUUCCUAUUAAGUAUGUUAAGGCUAGUAGGGGUGAUAGUUGCAGUCCUAAGUUUAGUACACUUAAUCGAAGGCCAUGGGAGAUUGAUGGACCCACCUGCCAGAAAUUCGAUGUGGAGAUUUGGCUUCCCUAAUCCAGUGAAUUAUAAUGAUAACGAAUUGUUCUGUGGGGGAUACGCAGUGCAGUGGGAACAAAAUGAAGGAAAAUGUGGCAUAUGCGGCGACCCUCAUCACGUGGAGGAACCAAGACCUCACGAAGCUGGUGGGUUGUACGCCAAAGGCAUCAUCGGCAGGCACUACAGCGUUGGUCAAAGCAUCGACAUAGAGAUUGAAUUAACUGCCAAUCAUUACGGGCGGUUUGAAUUCUUCUUGUGUCCAAACAACAAUCCAAGCCAGGAAGCCACCCAGGAGUGUUUCGAAAGAUUUCCCCUUUACGUCGAAAGCAGCAAGGAUUUUGCUUACCAAAUACCAGAGAAUGGCAAGAAGAAGGCUGUAUUUAGAUACAAAGUUCAACUACCCCCCUACGUGACCUGCACCCAGUGCGUGAUCCAGUGGAGCUACUACACGGGAAACCAAUGGGGCAUGUGCCCGAACGGCACCCAGGCGCAAGGCUGUGGUAAGUCGGAAACCUUCAGGAACUGCGCCGACGUAGCCAUCCACACCAGCACGGGAGGAGCUGUUCCACCGCUUUUCGUCGACCAGUACAACCCCUACUUGCUGUACUACAAAGAUUCCUCCAGACCUGCGCCUUACAACGUGAUCCCUCUGGUCAUCAGGGAGCAAGUUUGCGUCCCUAACAGUUUGUACAAGAUGAUCCCCGGUGUGAAGGAGUGGUGUCAGACGAACUGUUUGAGAUACCCUCCGAACUGCCCCCACGAUGUCUGCGAGUGUCCAACCACCUGCGAAGCUAUUGGCGAAUACAGUGGUAAAACUGGAGCGGAUGUAUACUGUAUGGACCAGUGUCUUGUAUACCCUACAGAAAAGUGUCCUAAGGAUCAGUGUUCCUGUUAUGAAGAAUAAGGACAGUCUGCAGAAAGAAAAUGCCUGUUAUUAUGUCUAAAUCUAGGAAUAUGUUAGUAUGGUGCUGUGAUAAUUCUGGAUUAUAGGUGUAAUGUGUUGUAAAUUAUUAAAUGAAUGGGAAAACUUAGGCAUAAUAAAGUGCAACUGGCAUUAUUUCUUGUAAUUUAGGUAUAGGUCUCACGAUUACUAUUUUUGUAUUUAUAAAUGUAAGUUUGGGAACAUAUCUGUAAUGGUAUGUAUAUCUUGAAAUAGAUUUUCAAACCUUGUGUCUAAGAAAGUUGAGUAGUUAGUAAACAACACUAUAAAGUUUUGUUGUAAUACUACUAGAAUGAUGUUUUGAUUAGAUUAUGAAAUACUGAAAGAAUCUCAAAGGAAUAAGAAAUAAAUUUUAAAAAAUAUAUCUAUAUGAAUAAUAUCGUCCAGGAAUAAUAAAAUUAAUGUUAAUAUUU